AUGCCUUCUCAACGACCUUUCUUCCUCUCCACCUUCUUCAACUCCUUUAGACAACAGUCUCCUUCGGCGACGGCGCUAUCAUCGCAGCAACCGAAUAAGCAUACCACGCAAGCAUCAUCGUCAUCGUAUGCCACACAGUCCGCCGCUUCAGCGCCACGAGCCAUUUCCUCGAAUACGUCAACAAGUAGCGGCGGAAACAACGCCAACGCCAACUCGACGACCCGUUCGACAUCGGGAGUCGUGAAUCAAUACCCACUUCACUCCCCGCGGGGUGGCAUCCCCAUUCCCGGUAGCGCCAACCGACGGCGCGGAAGCGACAGCAGCAGUGAAGGAUUCCGCGAUGUAUUAGGUGCCGAUAAAUGGUACAUCGGAGGGCGGACCGCUGGCGGCGAGGAAAAGUUCUUCAAGCUGGGCGUUGUCAGGAGGGUGCGCAGUAACGACGGCCUGAGUUUGGAUCGACUGAGUUUAUAG